GUUCAUUAAAUGGUUUCGCAGCAAGAACUGGAGGACAGCAACGUUUCUGGUGUCGUGUACAGAUCCACACGUUUUUGUUUCUGUUUGCCCUCCAGAAGGAAAACGCAUGGUGGUAAUUGCCAAUUUCAACAAGUCAAAAUAAACCAUUGUCCAAUUGCUCUGUUCAUUGCCCGGCCGUCCCUUCUUGACCGCCCUUGCUCUAUAACAAUUCCAAUAAACAAAAAAAACUGUUUCUCUGUUUUCCCUUUUCCCCCUUCCGUUUGUUUAUUCUUUUCCCCCCUAUGGCCGUGCCGUCGUUGUCAAGCAUCUUUCGCGGCGGGCAUCAUCGUCCAGCUGCCGAGAAUAAUCAUCACCCACCGGCGGCGGCGCCGCCCUCAAACUACGUGUGCGAGGGGGACGUUUGUUAUCUGAGAAAAGAGAGUCAGGGGAGCAGCCAGAGCCAGAGCCGGAAAUCUUCCGCCGGCAAGGGGAAGCCGCCGAAGGAGCCGGCCGUCGUUUGCUUCUCAAUGUUUCCUCGCCGGAUUCGCCUGGGGAAGGCUCCCGCCUUGUAAGCUUCAAUUCCUAUAUAUAGAUGUAAUACGGAA